CACACACACGGAGCAGCUCAUACACACUGACACGCAGCGAACAUGGAGCAAUAAAACACACCAAACACCUUCAGAGGAUUCACACACGUCGAGUUGAGAUCGUGGGACUCUCAGGAUGAGCGCUCGACCGCGGGCAGGUUCCCAGGGUUCCCUGGAGGAGCCGGAUGAUGAGGUGAUGCCCUACAGUGACGACGAGACAGACGAUGAGUUGCAGUCAGAAGAUGACCUGGACCGGACUGAAGACCAGCUACCAGAACCAGAACCCAGACCCGCUCCUGCUCCCGAGGUCGGUUGGACCAUCCGAGCGAAUGACAGGGAAUACUGCCAGAGACCCGAGUUUCAGAAGAAGGUCUUUCUGUGCUUUAAGAAAAGCAGAUACUCGGACAAUGCAAUCAAGACCUACAAAUACAACGUGUUAACCUUCCUGCCGCUGAACAUGUACGAGCAGUUUAAGAGGGCGGCCAACCUCUACUUCUUGUGUCUGCUGAUCCUGCAGAUCAUUCCUCAAAUCUCCACGCUGCCGUGGUACACCACCCUGGUCCCGUUGGUGUUGGUGUUGGGCAUCACCGCCAUUAAAGACCUGGUGGACGACCUGGCGCGACACAGGAUGGACAAAGAAAUCAACAAUAGAAGGUGUGACGUGCUGCUCAAUGGCAGAUUUGAAGAGACCAGAUGGAUGCAUCUACAAGUUGGUGACGUAGUCAGACUGAAGAAAAACGAUUUUAUCCCGGCCGAUAUUCUGUUGUUGUCCAGUUCAAAUGACAACAGUCUGUGUUACGUAGAGACGGCGGAGCUUGACGGAGAGACGAAUCUGAAGUUUAAGAUGGGUCUCAAGGUCACAGACGAACAACUUCAGAAGGAGGAUCAGAUGGCUAAAUUUAAUGCGCUGAUUAAGUGCGAGGAGCCCAACAACCGUCUGGAUAAGUUUGUGGGAACGAUGAUCUGGAACUCUGAGAGUUACGCGCUCGACCUCGACAACAUGCUGCUCAGAGGAUGCAAGAUCCGCAACACAGAAGAGAGCCACGGGCUGGUCAUAUUCGCAGGUAAUGACACUAAAAUCAUGAGGAACGGCGGGAAGACCAGGUUCAAACGCACCACGAUAGACAAACUCAUGAACUACAUGGUCUACACGAUCUUUGGGUUGCUGGUUUUGCUGUGUGCCGGUCUGGCCAUCGGACACACGUACUGGUACGAGAGCAUCGGCUCUAAGGCCUGGUAUCUUAACGACGGCCUGGGCCAUUCUUCAUCUUACCGAGGAUUCCUCAGUUUCUGGGGCUACAUCAUCAUCCUCAACACCAUGGUGCCCAUCUCUCUUUACGUGAGCGUGGAGGUGAUCCGACUGGGUCAGAGUAAGUUCAUUAACUGGGAUCUGCAGAUGUAUUACGCUGAGAAGGACACGCCAGCCAAAGCCAGGACCACCACCCUGAACGAGCAGCUGGGUCAGAUCGAGUACAUCUUCUCCGAUAAAACCGGCACGCUCACUCAGAAUAUCAUGGCCUUCAAGAAGUGCACCAUUUCAGGACGUACUUACGGUGAUUCCACUAGUGCAGACACUGGGGCCUUGCAGCAUGGAAAGCCUGUGGAUUUCAGCUGGAAUAAAUACUUUGACGGGAAUUUCCAGUUUGAGGACCAUUCCCUCGUUUCCUGCAUCCGUUCGAAGAAGGACGCGCAAGUAAUGGAGUUCUUCAAACUCUUGUCCCUGUGUCACACCGUCAUGGCUGAGGAGAAAGAAGAAGGUGAGUUGGUGUACCAGGCCGCAUCUCCUGAUGAGGGCGCUCUGGUCUCGGCCGCACGCAACUUUGGGUUUGUGUUCCUGGGCCGAACACAGGACACCAUCACCAUCUUAGAGCUGGACCAAGAGGUGACCUACACGGUGCUCGCUAUACUCGACUUCAACAGCGACCGCAAACGCAUGUCCAUCAUCCUGAAAUUUCCCAAUGGUAGUAUCCGUCUGUACUGUAAGGGCGCAGACACUAUGGUCUACGAGCGUCUCGAUCCAAAUAGCAAGGAUAAGGAAUCGACACAAGAAGCUCUUAAUAUCUUUGCGAACGAGACCCUGCGGACUCUGUGUCUGGGCUACAAGGACAUCAGUCAGGAGGAGUACGACGCCUGGGCUCUGAAGCACCAGCAGGCCAGCAUCUCCAUGGGGAACCGCGAGCAGGCUCUGGAUGAGGUGUACGAAGAGAUCGAGAACAACCUCAUGCUGAUUGGAGCGACAGCCAUUGAGGAUAAACUUCAGGACGGCGUUCCGGAGACCAUCGCAAAACUUGCCAAAGCUGACAUCAAGAUCUGGGUUCUGACCGGAGACAAGAAAGAGACCGCUGAGAACAUCGGCUACUCCUGCGAACUGCUUACAGACGACAUGAAGAUCCACUACGGAGAGGAUGUGAAUGUACAGCUGAGGAACAGACAGACCCAAAGGCGAAACGACCCUCAAGGACGCAGUAAGAAACUGAAGGAGACGUUUUUCCCAGAGGCGGGCAAGAACGCCCUCAUCAUCACUGGAGGCUGGCUGAAUGAGAUACUGUACGAGAAGAAAAAGAAGCGGCGUCGCUUGCGUCUGAAGAAGCUCAGGAAACGGUACAGGAACUCCAACAACCCUCAGGACGUCAACCAACCCAUCGAUGAGUGGGAGAAGGAGAAGAGACAGGAAGACUUCGUUGACAUGGCGUGUGAAUGCAGCUCGGUGAUCUGCUGUCGAGUGACACCCAAACAGAAGGCAAACGUGGUCAGUCUGGUGAAGCGCUACAAGAAGGCCGUGACCCUGUCCAUCGGGGACGGAGCCAAUGACGUCAACAUGAUCAAGACUGCAGACAUCGGUGUGGGCAUCAGUGGGCAGGAGGGGAUGCAGGCCGUGAUGUCCAGCGAUUACGCCUUCGCUCAGUUCCGCUUCCUACAGCGCCUCCUGCUGGUCCACGGCCGCUGGUCCUACAUCCGAAUGUGCAAAUUCCUGCGUUACUUCUUCUACAAAAACUUCGCCUUCACCCUGGUGCACUUCUGGUUCUCCUUCUUCAAUGGAUUUUCCUCACAGACGGCUUAUGAAGACUGGUUCAUCACCCUGUACAACGUUUGCUACAGCAGUCUGCCCGUUCUCCUCGUCGGUCUUCUGGAUCAGGAUGUGAAUGACAAACUGAGUUUACGGUUCCCGAAGCUGUAUCUUCCCGGCCAGCAAGGAUCGUUGUUCAACUACAGGAACUUCUUCAUCAGUUUGUUCCACGGCAUCUUCACCUCCCUCAUCAUCUUCUUCAUCCCGUACGGUGCGUUCCAGCAGACUAUGGGACAGGACGGGGAGGCUCCGUCCGAUUACCAGUCCUUCGCUGUGGUGGCAGCCUCCUCGCUCAUCAUCACCGUCAACCUGCAGAUCUCAUUAAACACCUCCUACUGGACAUUCGUGAACUUUUUUGCAGUGCUCGGGAGUAUAGCCCUUUACUUCGGCGUCAUGUUUGACAUCCACAGUGCAGGAAUCCACGUCAUUUUCCCAACGACCUUCACUUUCACAGGUGCCGCGUCGAACGCCCUGAGACAGCCGUACCUGUGGCUGACCAUCAUUCUGACGGUGGGAAUCUGUCUUCUUCCUGUCAUCUGCAUCCAGUUCCUCUAUCAAACCAUCUGGCCCUCUGUUGGAGACAAGGUCCAGAGGAACAGGAAGAAAUAUGAGCUUGAGGAUGAAGAGGAGGAGAGGAGGAAGAAGAAGCCAUCAUUCGUGCGUGGCGGACGGUCUCGUCGCUCAGCUUACGCCUUCUCGCACUCCCGCGGCUACGCCGACAUCAUCUCUACGGGGCGCAGCGUUCGCCAGCGGCCGCGCGUUCGUCCUGAACUCAGAGACAGCAUACGAGAGGUUCCUCAGGCUGAAAACAUCUGAGACACCCUCUACCUGCUGAGUAGAACAUGCGUAAUGUGCCUUUACCCGGUCAUAUCUGAGCUGCCCACUGGAACGGGCCAAUAGGAAGAGGCUACGUGUCAUUUAAGGGGCGGGACAAAUGAAAGAGCCAAUGGGAAAUGGGGGAAGAAGGGCUUUAGAGGGAAAGUACAAGUAAACACUCACCGAUGACCUGUACAGGUUUUAACGUUGUGCACUGCGUACAACAAAUUGUUUUUCUCAGGUUUUUACCGUGUGUUUUUUAUUUUGGAGUCACAUUUUUGUCCAUUUUUUGCACAAGUACAAUUAAGGGUCCUGCCCUUCAAAAAAGAGAGAGAGAGAGAGAGAGAGUGUGUGUGUGUGUGUGUGUGUUUCUAAUCUCAUCACCGAUUAAAACGUUCUUUCUUUAUACACUGCAAAGAAUCAUUUUCUUACAGUAUUUUUUCCAGUAAAAUAUAAAAUUUCUUAAAAUAAUAUAUAUUUAGUUAAGCAAAAUGGUGUAAGAUUUGACAUAUAUA